AUGACGACCCUCGCAAAGCCACCACAGCUCUUCUGCCGACUUCUGGCCCUACCGACACCUCUCCGCCAAAGGACUUUCUCGAUCCUAAACAGACCACCACCCAAUUAUCCCGGCCAUGUUCCGCUCACUCUUGUCGAACGGGCUGGUCUUGCUGUCGGCUCGGCAUUCGGCUCGUUGGCGAAUCCAUAUCGCCACGAUCUUAUUGCAGCUCUUGGUGAAGCAACCUCAAAGCCAUACUUCAUUACCCGUCUUCGCCACGCCAUGCUCGCAUCACCUACCGGCCGACGCAUCUUGAAGGACAAACCUCGGAUCACCAGUGCAUCUAUGAGUCUAGAGAAACUUCGAAAGCUGCCCGAGAACUCCGUUGGCUAUGCUUAUACUGCAUGGCUUGAUCGAGAAGGCGUCACGCCUGAUACGAGGGACAGCGUGAGGUAUAUCGACGAUCCGGAAGAAGCGUAUGUCAUGCAACGUUACCGCGAGACGCACGAUUUCACGCACGCGAUUACUGGAUUGCCAGUCAUCAUCGAAGGCGAGCUAGCCAUCAAAGCCUUUGAAUUUGCCAAUACUGUCCUCCCAAUGACUGCGCUGUCUCUUUUCGCGGUCGUGCGACUGAAGCCUGUAGAACGAAAACGGUUCUUUGAUACGUAUCUCCCCUGGGCGUUGCGCAAUGGUCUCAAGGCCGAGGAAGUCAUCAAUGUUUACUGGGAGGAGGAACUUAAAACGGAUGUUGAGGUCUUGAGGGCAAGGCUGGGCAUCGAGAUGCCGCCGGAUUUGAGGGAGAUUAGGAAGAUGUUGCGGGACCAGAAGAAGGCUAAGAAGUCUGCCGGGGAGGCGAGAGAGAGAUUGGGAUCUGUUACUGGUGUGUGA